AUGGGGAAGAUAACGAAGCAGAUGCAGCCUAAGCAUGCCGAGACUUUGUCUCCAUGGCUCAAGGACUUCGUCUCGUCGGCCUGUUCGACCCCUUUGCCUCUUCUUCCAGACCACCUCUCCAAGUUCCCGACGAGAUGGCCUUUCCCGAGAGGUGACUUGUACCACUGGAUUCCUCUCCUCAACCGGUUCGACGACAUCCUGGACUGCUUCUCCACCACUUAUAACCUCGAUCGGGGCCCCCAGAAUCGUGACUUUGGCUGCGAUCUUCUCCUUAAUCGAGGAGCCAAGAUUGAAUCGUACGGCGACCAGACAUGGGAUACCGAGAGUUUGUCCAAGCUGGGCUACAAGGAAGAUGGCGACAGGCAGCUCGUUGAGGCUGUCCUGAACUUCACCCGUACGCUUCUGGAGCAUUGCGGCAACAGAAGCAUCUAUUCCAGCAGUAUGGUGUUGAAUAAGUUGCUCAACGCCACGGUUCUGUCGGUCCUCCUUGCCACUUUGCAAGUUAGUGCCGAGCUGGCACAACGGUACCAGGCUUCUGUCAAGCGGAUUGGCAGCGCUUCUCGAACAGUAAGCACGGCCUUGCUGGGCAACCACUAUCAGAUUGACCUUGACCGCGUGCAAAAUCUCGCCCAACCAUUUUCCAAGACCCCGAUCAUUAGUCUCUCGGACUCGGUUGCUGCCGCCACACCCGUCUCUGGCACCAAAGGUAAAGAAAAAGUCCACGCGGCCAGCCAGAAGAAUGCAGCGGUUAUGAUUGCCAACGACUUGGGUGCUAUUCUCACACCAGACAACACCCGCUGGAACGGCUGGGGUGAUAUCAAAAUCACUUAUAUAGUGCCCUUGACGGCAAAGGACCAGCCUGCCCCUGCAGCUUCAGAUCGUGUUGCAUCCAGCAUGCCCUCUACGCCCACCCCCCUACGACGUAGCACAACAGCUGGGUCUCAAUACAACACUCCUCGCUCGGCUCGUCAGUCCGGAGCUGAGGAGACCUCGCCUUUGAGCGUUCGGAGUCCGGGUAACUUCAACGAUCAACCAAACCCAAGCCAAAGGGUCUUUGAGCUGCCACAAUCAACCCUGGCGUCUACCUCCAUCUACGAGCUCCUUUCUCGAUGCCCGGCAGAUUUGCCAGCCUCGACAAGAUAUGAGGUUCUGAACCGAUUGAGAGUUGCCAAAGCGCUCCUGGGCGGUGCGGAGUCGCGGCAGCAAGCCCUUGCUGUCCGCUUACUCGCUAUCACGAAUCUGGCGUAUAUCCACCCUGAGUCUACCUUCAUGGAAAAGGUCCUGCGUCAUGACAAUGACGAGACCCGGCGUUACCAGCUGGUUUAUCAGCUGGCCGAACUCAUCCACCCUCCUGCUGAUGGAUCCAUCCAGGUGCCUCUCUGGCUUCAGUCCAUUGUCCUCGCUCUUCUUGAGGUUAUUUCCAACUACACAGCGAGAUACCAGGAUGUUCUGUCCGCUCUCAAUGCGAACGUUAACCACGGCAUUCUCCUAUAUGUUAUUCGCAAGGCAGUAGCUGGCAUGAAGACGGACGAAGCCGACCGUGGCAUUCACACUACCGAGGUCGAUCAGUGGCGCACCAACCUUUUCUCUUUGACCACUCAUCUGGCAAUGUCUACCAGAAUAGGAGCAGAGAUGGUUACGGCUGGACUCAUGGAUAUCCUAGUGGAGAUUCUCAAGAUCAGGUCCGAUGUUGCUCAACGCAAUCAAUCUAUGAUCUUGGCCUUCGUUGAUGGCCUGAUCUGGUCUUACCAGAAUGCCUUCCAGACAUUCUUCAGUGGCUCUGGUCUUGAUGCCAUUUCUGAUCUGCUCGUUACGACUGUUGUCGAGUCGAAGCAGCUGGUUGAGUCUGGCCAGGGAAACAAACCAGAACACAUGUGUCAGGUCGUGGACUAUGAGAUUCCUUAUAACCAGCAGCAGACGCUGAAGUGGGUUCUCAAAUUCGUCCAUCACAUGAUGACAAACUCAUACAGUUACGGCGGCAACACUGAUAGACUCCUGCGUAACCUCGUGGAUAAAUCAGAGUUGUUGAGCAGUCUCCGAGAUGUCAUGCAGGACACGAAGCGUUUCGGUUCUGUCCUGUGGACCAACACGGUCACGGUGUUGAGCGACUUUAUUAACAACGACCCUACGAGCUUUGCCGCCAUCUCCGAGUCUGGCAUGAUCGUUACCUACCUCGAAGCCAUUACCGGUCACCCGGUUGCGUCUCAACCAGCCCUUCCGCCCGCACAAGAAUUGGAGGAACGUACAACAGACAAUACAGAGGUGCAAACGGCGGACAAUGGAGAUCAUGAGGACAGUCGUGACGACAACAACGACGAGAGCAGCCCUGGCCUAUCCGAUGCCUCUAUACAGAUCGAGGCUGACACUCGUCCCCAUCCGCCUCCCGAAGAUGAGUUGGCUGCGUCCCACGAAGCCCGUCCGUUGGCACAAGGCAUUCUGCCAACCUCUGACGCCAUCAACGUCGUCCCCCAGGUCCUCAACUCCAUCUGCUUGAACAAUGCUGGGAUGAAAAUGGUGGCGUCUUCGCGUGCCCUCGAGUCGUUCCUAGAGAUCUUUGAAAGCCCGGCUCACGUGAACACUAUGGAAACCGAUCCCCAUCUUGCCAGUAACGUCGGAGCCAGCUUUGACGAGCUUGCUCGGCACCAUCCCAAUCUGAGACGUCCCAUCUCGAAUGCUGUAAUCGAUAUGGUUGCUCGGGUGAGGUCUUUUGGUAUCUACAAGGCCAAGACUGCUGGUUGGGGCGCAAAACUUCUUUUGGGGGAUGGUGCACAGAAGCCCGCCGCCGCGGACGAGGCACUGAAGGAUCGGCUUGCUGCCCCCUCUCCCAAGGGCAAACUGACAGACAGCAGUGGUGAUGCAGACAUCGAGAUGUCGGACGCGGCUGAAGCAUCAACUCGAAAGACAGCAUCGGCUGGUGAAGAUCCAUCAUCUUCUGCAACGGCCUACGAUGACAUCACGCCUUACGUCUAUGCCUUGUCUAGCUUUCUUUCUGCCUAUUUCAACAACAACACUUUGAAGGCUUAUUUCAUUAACCAUGGAGGAAUCGAACUGUUGUUGGACGUCGCAGAACUACCCAGCCUUCCGCAUGACUUUUGCGAUUCGCAUGCGUCUCGGACAUUGCACCUGGUCAUUUCCCAGCUGGUGGAGCAGUCGCCAGUUCUCGGUUUGCCCUCACUACUCAAGCGCGCACAGGUUUCGGUGGAAACACUCAAGCCCUUGGCCGAGUACAGAAAAGACUCUCCUUACUUCGGCCCGUUUUUGGCUCCGGACGACAAGUUGACCGUGGACCAAGUUCGGGAUCUCGAUGCGGAGAUACAAGAACGAAUUUACAACGGCACCAAGAUGGUCAAGGCUCUUCUCACGGCACAGUCGUUGAUCAAGACUCUGUACGAGUGCUUUACGUCCUCGCCACGCUCCAACUCAGUUCAACUCUAUCCCAUCAAUGUGUUUGAUUACUAUCUGGACUUGGUCAAGUCAUUGGGACCUCUUCUGAAGGCUGUAUUGGCGGAGGAAGGUGCAGAGCACAAUGUCCUGCCGCAACACUGGUGGGCGAAGAGACCGGCUCCCGGCAGUGACGUUAUGGUCUCUUUUAGUGGACCUGCUGGAACCCAGACGGCCGGCGAACCCGAGGUGGACAGCAUUACGGCACUUUCCGAGCCUUCAGGCACUGCUUCUGGUGCUGUUUCGAUUCCAGGCUCUGGCAUUCAGCACAAGGGCCCAAGCAAGCAGGAACAAGCGACCCCUCGGUAUCGCAACUACGAGACGCUUCGUAUUCUCCUUCACUCGAUGGUGCCGUCUACAUUCCCCUUCUUCCAGCAGCUUGGCAAGGCCCUUUUCCCGAGGCGCGAGCGGGAUUCCUAUUCCCGUCCCAAGCAUAUUGACCUUGCCAGGCAGCUGUCCGGCACGAUCUUAGGACAACUAGCUCCUUCAGUUGGGCUGGCUGAGCCUACGGCCAAGGAAUACCAUUACUGGAUUAUCAUGCUCCACACAUUGACAGAGAUGUUAAUGGACUCCGCACGAUCAUCCGCCGACCGAUCAUCAGUUCAGGUCGUUGUGCCUGUACUGGUAGCUUUCUUGGAGCAGGGUGGCUUCUUUGUUCUCACGGCAAUGGUCCGACGGUUCUCGGCAGAAAUCUGCAAGGAGACUGGAGAUUCUGAUGCUGGAACGACUGCCAGUGCCAGGGUUGCAUCGUUUGGUCUCGGGAAGAUCUUUGAGUUUUUUGCGGCUCUCGUCAACGGCAAGAACAUUUCCGAUUCGUCAACUCAGUUUGGACUGUUACCUCGCUCAGUCGAAAGACGCCCAGAGGCCCCCAUCUCUCACCAGAUUGUUGUGGAUGUGCGAAUGGCUGUUCUCCCGGUCAUCCGGGAGACCUGGGAGUCUGCUUUGAUCGAAAAGUUACGGCCUGAGACGGUGGCCAAGGUCAUUGAAAUCCUUAAGAUCAUCUCCGCGGGUGACCACGAACCAUCUCCUCGAGACAGGCCCGCCGUUGAGCUUUUCAAGAAAUCGCCGGUCCCAUUCAACUGGCAGGCUCACCAUAUCUUGAUCUCUCAGCUUGAAGAUGAUGGCGCCGACCUGGAGCUAGCCCGUGAAGCUGUCUUCAGGGCCAAUGGCAAUCAGCCAUCUGCGACGGAGUACAGCCGCCUCCACAAGGCUGGCAAGGCUGGCCAACGGAACCCAGUGCCCCCUGAAGAUGCAUUCACCACUGAGCGUCCUGAGCCAUCUGGCUCUUCGGGUCAAGCCGAAGCGUCUGCGCCUGCAGCUCCCACUGACGCUGAUGCGAUGGCAGUUGAUGUGGCACCCGAGCUUGCCACACCAGAGUUGGAUCGUUUCCUUGGAGAUGCUGUGCUUGGUGAUCUUGGCGAUAGGCCGCCUGCUGAGUUGGGCGCCAGCGGCAAUGAAAGCCCUGCCGGGGUUGCGGAAGCUCAAGCUCGAGCCAUUACCUCUGCGCCAGUGGCCACUACCGAAGACCAGGCACAGGCUGAGAAUCAGCCGACGAGCAAAGAGAAUCUGGACAACGAACGGUCAAAGCUGCGAGAGAACCUCAUCGAUCGAUCCCUUGACGUUGUCAGGGCACACCCGCAUUCGGCCAUUGAAAUUUCGGAGCUCAUCAGCGCCAUGGUUUUCCGCCAGCAAAAUGACGAAGUUAGAGACGAAGUUGGUGCGACACUAGCAAACGCGCUGACAUCUCUGUCCUUCGAUGACAGUGACUCGAAAUCCAACGGCACCAGCAUUGCUGCGUACGCCCACCUGCUGGCACUUCUGAUGCAAGACAAGAGUUUCUUCAAGUGCAACAUUGAUACUCUGAGAGAAAAGGUGGACGAGUACAUUUCGUUUCUUAGCCUCAAGGUUCCUCCGACAUCGACCGAAGAGUUGCCUCCCUGGAUCCCUUACAUUCUCUUGAUUGUCGAGCUGCUCUUGUCAUACGACGAGCAGCCCCUUGAAGCCCAGUGGAAGCCUCCGGCCACCGACAACGAGGCUUUUGUCCCCCCCGUGCUUCCUCAGCGCAACCUGAUCGUGUCGGAUGACCAAAGAAACGAGCUUCUCGAAGCCAUCCUUCGUUUGCUUCCUGUGCUCGGCAAAGAAGAGACCCUCGCAACCUCGGUCCUUCGCGUCAUUCUCAUCCUGACGCGGAAGCCAUCCGUUGCACAGAAGGUCGGAGAAAAGAAGAACCUUCAGCGUCUGUUUGUCAUGGCCAAGCAGCUCGCUGGUGCGGGUGCGGCACGCCUGAAAGGUAGCAAGACGACGGGAAGCAUCAUGGCUAUUCUGAGACAUAUCGUUGAGGACGAAGAGACUCUCAAACAAAUCAUGCGGGCUGAGAUUCGCAACUUGUUUGAGAAUCCUCAGCGUACCCAGAGGAACCUGGACCUCACCACGUACUUGCGCAACAUGGCCCCUCUUGCUCUGCGUUCCCCAGAUCUCUUCGUCGAGGUCACCAACGAAAUGACCAAGCUGUCUCGCUGGACUCCAGGUAGUGAGGGCAGCAGCCGUGCCAAUCAGCUGGCACUGAAGCUAUCCGAGUCUGAAGCUAAGGCUAAUCCUGCCGACAAGGACGUUGAACCGGCUGUACAAGCGACAGAGGAUCUGUCGAUUCACGAUGUUAAGCAGUCAACGGAGACAGGCGACAAGGAUAUGGCAGAUGCGCCGAAACCGGUGACCGAAUUGAAGCGACCGGUAGUCGAAAACCCCCACGGCAUCAUCCACUUCCUCCUCUGCGAAUUACUUAACUACCGGGAAGUCGACGACAAGGAGCCUUUGCAAGUGGCGAAGGAGCACAACAGCACUGCAUCGCCUGGCGCCACCGCCACAGAAGCUGGAUCGAAGGAUGGGGCAGCGGAGACCCUGGAUGCCGCCGACGGUAAGGACAAGGACAAGAAGUCAUCGAAACCGGUGUUCAAGGCCGAGGAUCACCCUAUCUUCAUCUACCGAUGCUUCUUACUCAACUGCCUUGCCGAGCUCCUUCAAAGCUACAACCAGACAAAGGUCGAGUUCAUCAACUUCAAGCGCAGUGCACCGAUGCAGACGAAUACGCCUGUCAAGCCUCGGUCAAACGUUCUGAACUACCUCAUCCACGAUCUGCUCUGCCAAGGCAAUCUUAGCGAUAACGGAGACAGCAUCUUGUCUAAGAAGAAAGCUGCAACCUCCGCUCAGGCUCAGCAAGUUCUUGGUGCGCUUGUGGCCAAGACUGGAGAAAGGGUCAUUGAUAAGAACCGAGAUCGGUUCGAAUACGAUGAUGAGCCCGAUUUGCUUUUUGUUCGCAAAUUCGUUUUGGACACCAUUCUCAAAGCAUACGAGCGCGCGGCUACUCCGGAAGAGCCUGUAGACACCCGCUAUCCCAAGAUGCAGUGCCUGGCUGAGUUGAUGAACCACAUCAUUGGAGAAAAGGACAAGGAUUCGACGUCUCAACGCACACUCGACUCUGCGCAAGGCCGGUCGUACGCUCAGUUGCGCAGGAUGAUGUACGAGAAGGGCUAUCUCGACAAGCUGACUUCGUCGAUUGCUGAAGUUGACCUGAGCCACGCCGGUGUUAAGCGUGCUAUCAAAUACGUCCUCAGGGUUCUUCGUGUCUUGACAGAUACUGCCAAGGAAUUGAGCCGCUCACAAGUGAUUCCCUCGACGUCGCUUCCCGAAAACACGGAAGACGACAUCAUUUCAACAUCGUCCAUGUCUGACAUGGAUGAUGACCGAGAAGAGACACCUGAUCUCUAUCGUAACUCGACUCUCGGAAUGCUCGAGCCUCGUGGAAGUGAUGACGAGUCUGACGAGGACGAUGAUGACGACGAGGAGAUGUACGAUGAUGAAUACGGCGACGAACUUGACUAUGGCGACGAAGACGUGUCUGACGAUGGUGAAGGCGGUGUCAGCGACGAAGAUGAAGAGCUCGGUGAAAUGGGCGAGAUCGAGGGUCUUCAUGGAGAUCCAGGUGUCGUCGAGGUCAUCAUGGACGAAGAUGACGAGAUGGACGAAGAUGAUGAACUGAGUGAAGAUGACGAGAUGGAUUCCGACGAUAUGGAGGACAUGGACGACCAUGUUGAUAUCGUGGAGGAGAUCGUUGACGAAGACGGCAAUCCCAUUGAGGAUGAUGGCGCGUCGGACUGGGAGAGUGAGUCGGAUGAAGAAGAGGACGACGAUGACGAAGACGUCGAUUACGAGGCUGAAGCCCAGGAGCUCGAGGAGGCUCACAUGCAUGGCAUGGAGCCGGGCGACAUUAUUGACAACCUGGCCCGAGCGGUUAUGGACCCCGAAGACUACGAAGGCGAAGACAUGGACGACCUUGGAGAUCAUUACAUUGACGACGGCCGUGAUGAAGAUGACGACGAGGAUGAUGAUGAGGACAUGGAAGAAGACGAGCUCAUCUAUGAUGAGGACUAUCCUCAUGACCACCCGCCCCCCAACCUCCCUUCUGCCCUUGGAUGGGACACCUUGGUUGUCGAGCCAUUCGGCGGCCCUCAACAGGUUCACCGUCACCGUCAUGGACACCGUAGCCCCUUCCCUCCAGGAUUCAUGGUCGGUGGUGGUCGUGAUCCCCUAGGCGACUUCCGAAGCUAUUUCUCCCCCCGACACAGACCCAAUGCCGCGCCGAACAGUGCCGACGAUGGCGUCAACCCUCUCUUGCGCCGGAACGGCCAGGGUCGCGAGGCGUCCCCUCGCCCUGCCCCUGGUUCCGGUAUGAUUGGCCUGCGACUACCUCCUGAUAUUUUCGGUCCUGCCGGACAGCAUCUUUCCAACAGCCCCAUCGCCAUUCUGAACGAUUUGGUUGCAUCUCUGCCGGUUAUGCGCCAUGGUCAGUCUGCAGUUCACCUGUCUAUCACCCAAAAUGGACGUGGCGAGGUUAGGGAGUACCACGUUGCACCCCGUGAUUCCAGAACGGAUAAUCGCCGCGAAACCACAUACCAUGAGCCGCAACAAGCCGUUGCCUUUACCCCCGAGACAACAUUCGAACGUUACCAGGAAGAGGCUCGGAUGGUAUUUGGUGGUGCCCACUUCGUCGAGAAAGCCCAGAAGCUUGUCAACAUUAUUCUUUCGAAGCUGGUCCCCCCCGCCAUGGAGUUCGAGAAGAAGCUCAAGGCCGAAGAAGAGGAGCGGCGCAAGGUCCGAGAAGAGGAGCGCAAGAAGUUCGAGCAGCAGCAAGAACAAGCAAGACGAGAAAAGGCAGCAAAGGAAGCUGAAGAGAAGGUUCUUCGUGAAAGGCAAGAAGCCGAAGAGCGCGAAGAGCAGGAGCGUGUGGCUGCCGAAGCUGCUGCCGCUACCGGCGAGCGCGAUGUGGCGUCUGUCCAAACAAACCGGUCAGAAGCGGCCGCCGCUCCCCAAGCCAUGGAAGGCGUCGAAACGCAAGAGGCUUCUGCACCCCCCUCUGAGGAUACGGCGGAUGAUGGCAGCCGUGUGUUGACAACGAUUCGGGGUGAGGAAGUAGAUGUCACCGAGCUUGGCAUCGAUCCUGAGUACCUUGCUGCUCUCCCCGAGGAGUUCAGGGAAGAGGUCAUUGCGCAAACCGUCAGCACACGACGCUCGCAGGCCCGGGACGAAUCUGCCACCGGCGAGCAAGGUGAGGUUUUCCAAGAGUUUCUGGACGCUCUGCCCGAAGAUCUGCGACUGGAGAUCGUUCAGCAAGAACGUCAAGAAGCGCGUCGGCGGGAGCGGGAUGAGCAGCGCCGCCAGGUAGUGACCGCAGGCCAGGAUCAGAUUGCGGUUGAUAUGGACCCGGCAAGCAUUCUGUUGACAUUCCCUCCUGAGUUGCGCCAGCAGGUGCUCAUGGACCAGGGAGAGGACAUAAUGGAUCACUUGCCGCCCGAAAUGGCUGCCCAAGCCCGCCUCCUCGCCCAGCAACACGGCGUUCAUCCUGCUGUCACAGGCAGAAGCCCGCCUGUAGCUGCUCGGCGACCCGGUGCGCCGCCGGCUGAGUCUGGAGAGAGCGCCGAGAACAAGGUCCAGCGACGGACUGUGGUUCAGAUGCUGGACAAGGCUGGUGUCGCCACUCUUCUGCGUCUCAUGUUUAUCGCCCAGAUCGGCUCCAUCCGCAACUACCUUUUCAGCGUCCUCGCCGAUGUCUGUGAAAACCGGCAAAACCGACUCGAGGUCAUCAGCACCAUCCUGUUAAUUCUGCAAGAGGGAAGCGCAGACAUGGACGCUGUUGAACGCAGUUUCAGCCAGCUCUCCCUCAAAGCCAAGAAACCAAAGGACAAGGAUGCGGACCCGAAGACCCCCCAGAAUCUUAAGCGAACUCUGACGUCGCUGAGCACCUCUGGACAACAACAAUCCAACUCCGAAAUAUCGCCACUGAUGGUGGUUCACCAGUGCCUGGACUUAUUGCAGGAUCUGUCUACGAAGAACCCCCACAUUCCGAUGCUUUUCCUAACAGAACAUGAGGUGGUAGGGUCUUCUCUCAAGCGCACGCUCAGUCGCAAGGGCAAGGCCAAGGACUCCAAAGCCCACAAGUACGCGAUCAACUCUCUGCUGACUCUGCUCGACCGAGACUUGGUAAUGGAGAGCUCAGUCGUCAUGGCGUACCUGGCCGACCUGCUCAACAAGAUUACUGUACCGCUGGCAACCAUGGAACGACGCCGCCGCGAGGCUUUGGAGAAGGCCGCUCGGGAAGCAAAGAAGAAAGCCGCGGAGAAUGCCGCUGAGGCUGGCGAAGCUUUGACUGCAGCUGGCCACCCGCCAAACCACGAGGUUUCUGAGAUUACGACUGCCGAUACUAGUGUCAAUACUGACAACGGGGAUUCCAAGCCUCCCGGAGCUGAGUCUGCCACUCAAUCUGAGAACACCAAAAACGCCGACAAGCCAGAUGUGAGCCAGAAAGCACCGCGGCAAAUGCAGGUUCCCGUCAUCCCGCCGCACAACCUCACGCUUGUUAUCAAGAUUUUUGUUGCCCGCGAGUGCAGCUCCAAGACUUUCCAAAACACCAUCUCGGCCAUCAAGAAUCUGUCCGCCAUUCCCGGUGCCAAGGCCACGUUUGGACAGGAGCUUGUUCGCCAAGCCCGUGUUCUGAGCGAGAACAUCGUGGCAGACCUUGAUGAGCUUCUUCCUCACAUUGAGAAGGCUACUUCUGGGACCGAGAUACAAGGCGUUGCGCUUGCCAAGUUCUCACCAGGUGCUUCCGAGCAGAACAAGCUGCUACGCGUUUUAACCGCGCUGGAUCACUUGUUCGACAAUAAAAAGAAGAACGAUAAGGCGGACGAAGAGGCGGAGACGAACGUCAACGAAAAGCAGGAUCUCGUCACGUCCCUCUACCACAACUCAACCUUUUCUACGAUGUGGGAGAAGUUGAGUGGCUGUCUCAGCGCGAUCCGUGAGAGAGAGAGCAUGGUCAAUGUGGCCACGAUCCUGUUGCCUCUGAUCGAGUCCCUUAUGGUUGUCUGCAAGAACACCGCUAUGAACGAUGAUCCACAAGCCGUCAAUCAAACAAGCAAAGAGAUGCUGCUGUCAAGCCCACCGCCAGAGAACCGCAUGGCAGGUCUCUUUUUCACCUUCACCGAGGAACACCGGCGAAUCCUGAAUGAGCUGGUCCGCAACAGCCCUAAGCUCAUGUCUGGAACUUUUGCACUUCUCGUAAAGAACCCUAAGGUGCUCGAGUUCGAUAACAAGCGUAACUACUUCAACCGCAGCGUGCAUAGCCGUUCCAGCAACAACCAACGACCGUCGUUCCCGGCUUUACAACUCGCAGUUCGUCGCGAGCAUGUCUUCCACGACUCCUUCAAGCACCUUUACUACAAGACUGGCGACGAGAUGAAGUAUGGCAAGCUAAACAUUCGCUUCCACAAUGAGGAGGGCGUGGAUGCUGGAGGCGUGACGCGCGAGUGGUUCCAGGUUCUGUCGAGACAGAUGUUCGAUGCCAACUACGCCCUAUUCAUCCCAGUCUCCUCUGACCGUACGACUUUCCACCCCAAUAAGCUGAGCGGCAUCAACGACGAGCACCUGAUGUUCUUCAAGUUCAUUGGACGUAUCAUCGGCAAGGCCCUGUACGAAGGCCGUGUGCUUGACUGCUACUUCAGCCGUGCCGUCUACAAGCGCAUCCUCGGCAAGUCUGUCUCCGUCAAGGACAUGGAAUCCUUCGACCCGGACUACUACAAGUCUCUUGUCUGGAUGCUCGACAACGACAUCACGGACAUCAUCACCGAAACCUUCUCAGUUGAGGACGACGAGUUCGGCGUCACCCGGACUGUCGAUCUGUGUCCCAACGGCCGCGACAUUGCCGUCACCGAGGAGAACAAGCACGACUAUGUGCGCUUGGUUGUGGAACACAAGCUUUUGUCGUCUGUUAAGGAGCAGAUGGAACACUUCCUCAAGGGAUUCCAUGAUAUCAUCCCUGCAGAUCUCAUCUCCAUCUUCAACGAGCAGGAGCUCGAGCUUCUGAUCUCAGGCUUGCCCGACAUCGACGUUGACGACUGGAAGAGCAACACAGAAUACCACAACUACACUCCGUCAUCACCACAGAUCCAGUGGUUUUGGCGAGCGGUCCGCUCGUUUGACAAGGAAGAGCGAGCCAAGCUUUUACAGUUCGUCACGGGAACCAGUAAGGUGCCGCUGAACGGAUUCAAAGAGCUCGAGGGUAUGAACGGCGUCAACCGCUUCAACAUUCAUCGAGACUAUGGCAACAAGGAGCGCCUUCCCAGUUCGCACACAUGCUUCAACCAACUUGACCUCCCUGAGUACGAGAGUUAUGAGAUGCUUCGCCAGCAGCUCAUGAAGGCCAUCACAGCGGGAAGCGACUACUUCGGCUUUGCAUAA